AUGCUUUCUCUGCAUAGAAGCCUGAAGUUUGUCUUUCCCAAUGCACCGAUACGCCCCAUUACCAUUAAUGGUGGCGCGGAAAUGCGUGGCUGGUACGACAUUGACCCGGGCGCACCAUUGGCCGGCGGUGAAGACAUCGAAGCCUCAGCUGCAGGCAUUGCCAGGCUGAUAGAGGCUGAAGUCGACGCAGGCAUACCCGCCAGCCAGAUCGUGUUGGCAGGAUUUUCUCAAGGCGGUGUUAUCGCCCUGCAUCUGGGACUGGCCUAUAACAAGAAGCUGGCGGGCAUCAUGGCUUUGUCCACCUAUCUGCACGACCACGAAAAUAUUGCCAAUCGGCUGGAUUUUGCCAACGUCGACACGCCAAUUUUCAUGGCACACGGACUAUCCGACCCGAUGAUCCCAAUUACCCGUCUGCCCUCAGGAAAUACAAGAUAUCGCGACAUGGUUGAACCAGAUUUUUCCCUGAUCGACCCACUCGAACCAAGCCCCGGAGCCUGGCUGGAUAGCGUCCUGGCCGACUUCGACUGCUUCCUCGCCGAUCAUGCUUCAUGCGAGAAAAAGGCUUCAGGGAUGGCCAUGAGCAUGGCUUCACACUAUCCGGACAAGCCGGAACUGCUCAGCGCCAUGGCCGACCUUGCCGUUGAGGAACUGAGCCACUAUCGCGAAGUCAUUCGCCUGAUGUUACAACGCGGCGUCAGCCCGAGACCUGACACCAAAGAUCCGUACGUCAACACGCUGAAUCGCCUGGUGCGCAAAGGGGCAGACGUGUUCCUGAUGGACCGCCUGCUGCUGGGCGCCAUUGUGGAACGACGCGGAGCUGAGCGAUUCGGCUGUAUCGCUGAGGCGGUAACCGAUCCGAUGCUGCAGAAGUUCUACCAGGCCAUAGCCGCCAGCGAAGCUCGGCACUGGACGCUUUUUUACACCCUCGCCUGGCGCCAUUGUGAUCAGCCUGAGGUCACUGCCCGGUUUCGCGAAUUGACAGUGGCUGAGUCUGAAAUCAUGUUGAGCCUGCCGCGCACCCAGGCUCUGCUGCAGACAGCACAGGCUAUCUGCCCGGUAGAUUGUUGGGCGAUCGAUGCGGUCAGCCAUCCGCUGCCGACAAAGCAAGGGGUUGGCCUAGCCCGCAAGAUUGGUAACGAUGCUGCCUGUCGCUUGUGGCUGACAGGUAAAAUCAGCUGUCCAUGGCUAUACCAAUGCGACGCCGAUAGCGUUUUACCUCCAAACUACUUUUCGACAAAACUUCCAGCUCGCGGUGCGGUUGUGUUUGCUUUCCGGCACAACAGUCCGGAUCCGCUGAUGCAGAAAGCUGCCAACUUUUACGAACGGCACAUGCAUCACUACGUUCACGGCCUGCAACAGGCCGGCUCCCGCUACGCCUAUCCUACCCUGGGUAGCACUAUGGCUGUUCAUGUGCAGGACUACGCGCUGGUACGAGGAUUUCCAAAACGCAGUGGCGCAGAAGAUUUCUAUCUGCUCGACAAGAUUGCCAAAGUCAGUCAGGUGACUUGCAAACCGGAAGUGACGGUAAGUAUUCAGGCCCGCCUUUCCCACCGUGUACCAUUUGGCACUGGACCCGCCCUGCAGAAAAUUAUGCAAGGCUUCGAGCGCGACUCUAGCGGCGCUUUUUUUACGACGUAUCACCCGGACAGUUUUAAACUACUCGCCACCGCGCUCAGACAUCUGCAGGCGGUCGCUGCCGGCGCUGAACUGGCAGACGAUCGCGCGACCCGACUGCUGGGUGAACUGGGCAUUGAACAGCUGAUACCAAAGCUGCAGGCAAAGUAUCCCACUCCCGGACAAAAGGCGUUGAUACUUACACAGUGGUUUGACGCAGGUAAAACGCUACGCUUCAUCCACCUGGCGCGAAGAUAUUAUGCAGAUAUUUCACUGAACGAACUGGACGCCGACGCUGCGCGGGCAGCCAUCUACAGCACCUACAACAUGUUUUUCCCGGAUGACUGGGAUCGUAAACUGGUCAUCCUGCCUGAUGCUGCCGCCUACCAUGACACUUUUUACCACGUCUCCCGGUCAGCCAUUACCGCGACAGGGCUCAAUAUCAUUCCUGGCGAACUGAUUGACCGCGAAGGUCUGUAUCUGGCCAACGUCGACGAGGACCGGUCACUGGGACGCCGACAGGUGCCGUUUGUCGAAGGGUUGCGCGCCAUUAUCGCCUCCCGCCCGGAGAGCGACCCUUUUUUACCAGUGCUGGCCAAGGUCUGGAUAAAAGGGCUGGUCAGCGUUGUUCUGAUCGCCAUCAUCAGCCUCUCCUGGAGCGGCCAACUCGAUCAUGCUGCGCGCAGCGCUACGCUGGAUAAUUUCCAGCGCGCGCUGGCGGUUGCCGCCAUCGCUAGAGGCUUUAAUGGCGUUAUAUCUGUCGCUCAGGGCACCGAAGUAGCCAUUGCACCGGUCGGCGUGGGCGUAACCUUAACCCUGGGCCAGAUCCUCGAUCCACUGAAUGAUCUGGUUGAACGUUUUUCCGCCCUGGCGUUGAUUGCCAGCGUUGCUCUGGGUGUACAGCUGACUUUAAGCGAAAUGUUUGCCUCCCCAUGGCUAUCCGGCAUUUUGAGUAUGGCCGGUCUGGCCUAUCUGAUAAUGCUCUGGCGAACGCCACAUCAUCUACAACAAACACGAGCUCCGUGGCUGGGCAAAUUUCUGGGCCUGGUUAUAUUUCUCCGGUUUAUGCUUGCCGUUAUGCUGCUGGCAACCCAUCUGCUGGACACCUAUUUUCUCGACGCCCGACAAAAUGAGGCGAUGGAUAACUUGAGCUAUACCAAAACGCAUAUCCAGAGCAUGCAGGACAACGAGAUUGCAGCCGCACCCGCCGAUAUGGAAGCUGACCUGUUUGAUCGCACUGCCGCCGGCAUACGUGAGUUCCUCGACAGUUCGAGCCAGACCCUGGACCUCAAAGCCCAACUCAACGAGAUGGAGCAACAGGUGGAAAACAGCAUCGAAGAAAUGAUUAACCUGAUUGUUAUCUUUCUGCUGCAGACGUUACUGCUUCCGAUUGCCACACUGUGGCUCUGCUGGCAAUUAUUACGUACAACUGGACUGGAAAUUACCAGUCGCCUGGCACCACGCAAAGAUCUAAAACUGCUGAAAAUCAGUGAUGCCGAGCGCAAAGAUCAGGAUGCACGGCGCCAGUACCUGCAAAGUGCAGAUGUCGCCAUACUGUGUUUACCCGACACCGCCGCACGUGAAGCCGUUGCGCUGGCCGCGGGUAAAACCCGGAUUCUGGACGCUUCAACCGCCUACCGCACCGAUCCAGACUGGGUUUAUGGUUUACCCGAACUCAACGCGCAGCAGAGAUCGCACAUCCAAAGCGCACAAUAUGUCAGCAACCCAGGUUGUUACCCGCAGGGUUUUAUUCUGCUGACUCGACCCCUCAUCGAAGCUGGUUUACUGGCAGCGGCCACUAGCCUGCGUUGUCAUGCGGUAUCAGGCUUUUCGGGGGGCGGCCGACAGAUGGUAGAAAAGUUCCGCGCAUUUGACCGCACCCAGCAAGACCAAUACAACAGUCAGGCUUACGGGUUAACCCUGCAGCACAAACAUGUGCCUGAGAUGCACCACUACAGCACAACGCGCGAUGCCCCCUUGUUCACGCCCAUGGUGGCAAACUACUACAAAGGCAUGUUGGUACAGAUUCCGCUGUUUCGUCAGGAAGUUGGUCAUGCCAGCAAAUCCGAACUUCACGAUAUACUUACCGCCAGAUAUGCAGGUGAAUCUUUUGUCAGCGUCCUGCCACUGGACAACAGUAUGUUGAUCGACGGAUUCUUGAAUCCAACAGUCUGCAACGACACUAACAACAUGCAGCUGAUGGUGUUUGGCAAUGAUGAUCAGUACCUGCUGGUCGCGCGUUACGACAAUCUCGGCAAAGGCGCAGCCGGCAACCCGGUAGCGCUGAACCUGAGCCGCGGCAAACCCGCAGCCGACCAGGUUGCACUCUCUGACAAAAUGGAAGACGUGAUUGCCGGUGACUAUUUCGACAGCACCGGUACCGACGUACGCAACUAUGGUGAAAUUCGAGGGAUUGCUGAUGGGCGCGCUCUGGGUGAAGAACUCAUGGGCGUGCCGGCCGCGAACAUUAUCGCAGGCGGUAACUCAAGCUUAUUCCUGAUGCAUCUUGUGACUGCAACAGCACUGACAUAUGGCCUUUGGGGUGAUCAGCGACGAUGGUCCAACUCCAAUCCUGUUAAAAUCCUGGCCCCGGCACCGGGCUACGACCGGCAUUUUGCGCUUACGCAGUCUCUGGGCAUCGAGAUGAUACCUGUCGCCAUGGGGCCUGACGGUCCGGAUAUGGCACAGGUUCGCGCAUUGGCAAGCGCCGACGCAUCAAUCAAAGGCAUCUGGUGUGUACCGAAGUAUUCGAACCCGACGGGUUGUAUCUACAGCGACGUGGUCGUCGACGAGAUGGCUGCAUUGCCAGAUGCUGCAGCGGCAGACGACUUUGUUGUAUUGUGGGACAACGCCUAUGCCGUGCACGACUUCAACUUUCCCGGACAGGCGUUGAAAUCUAUCUUCGAUGCCGCCCAGGCAGCCGGUACCGCGGAUCAUAUCGUUCAGUUUGCCAGCACCUCGAAAAUCACCUUUGCCGGCGGAGGCGUUGCCUUUGUUGCUUCAAGUGAGCGCGUACUUAAAGCCCUGGAAGAACGCCUGGGCUUCAUGAUGAUCGGCCCCGACAAAGUUAAUCAGCUGCGUCAUACCCGUUUUUUGGGCGGUCGCCUGGAACAACAUAUGCAGGCUCACGCCGCGCUGCUGAAACCAAAAUUUGAAAUUGUCGAAGACACCUUAAGCAAAGAACUCGGUGAUCUCGAUAUCGCGCAGUGGACCAAACCCGGUGGCGGUUACUUCGUCUCCUUAGACGUUAAUCCCGGGCUUGCGCAAACGAUUGUAAGCAUGGCCAAAGACGUCGGCCUGACGCUUACCCCCGCUGGCGCAACCUACCCCUAUGGGCAGGAUCCAGAUAAUUGCAACAUACGUAUUGCACCCACUUUUGCAUCCAUCGAAGAAUUGCGGACUGCCAUGCAAAUCCUCACGUUGUGUGUGAAACUGGCCAUUGCAGAUCUGGGCUACGAGUAUUGCACCCCAAUACAAAGUAAGACGUUGCCGUUUGCGCUGUCAGACUACGAUGUCACGGGACAGGCGCAGACCGGCACCGGUAAAACCGCUGCCUUCCUGAUUGGCGUGCUGACACGCUUCUGGGAAAACCCAUUAAAAGAAGUUCCCCCACUGGGAUGUCCCAGAGCACUGAUCCUGGCUCCAACCAGAGAAUUAGCGCUGCAGAUAGAAGGUGAUGCCAAAGGCCUGACCAAGUACAUGGACGAACGUACCGUCUGUGUUGUCGGUGGCAUGGACUUCCAGAAGCAGCUCGACAAACUUGAAAAGAAACCCGUCGACCUGCUGGUGGCUACCCCAGGUCGUCUGAUCGACUUUUUAGACCGCAACAAGAUUUCGCUGAAACAUGUUGAAGUGCUGGUUAUCGACGAAGCCGACCGUAUGUUGGACAUGGGUUUCAUCCCAGAUGUGCGCCGUAUUGUCUUUCAGACCCCACACAAACGAACCCGUCAGACGUUAUUUUUCUCCGCGACCUUUAACGAUGACGUCAUGCGCCUGGCGGAAUCCUGGACCAUUGAUGCAGAACAUAUUGUUAUCGAGCCUGAAAGUGUGGCGACAGACACGGUCGACCAGAAAUUCUGGAUGAUCGGACGAGACGAAAAAGACAGCGCUUUAUUGAAUUUGCUGCGUAAUACCGACACGGAACGCGCAAUUAUUUUUGCCAAUCGACGCGAUCAGACACACAGAGUUGUCAAAUACCUGCAGAACAACAACAUUGAUUGUGAGGCCCUGGCAGGUGACGUGCCCCAGCGCAAACGUCUGUCGACCUUAAAUCGCUUUAAAGAAGGUAGCUUGAAAUUCCUGGUGGCCACAGAUGUGGCCGGCCGUGGGAUUCACGUCGAUGGCGUUACACACGUCAUAAACUACGAACUGCCGGAAGACCCGGAAGAUUAUGUGCACCGUAUCGGCCGCACCGGGCGAGCCGGCGCAACGGGUACAUCCAUCAGUUUUGUUUCUGAAGACGACGCCUUCAACUUGCAGCCCAUUGAGCAAUACCUGGGCAUGAAGGAACGCAGGUUAUCUGAGCCGGUCAAUGGACGUUUUAAGCACCGGUUGAAUUCAGAUAUCGUUUUAUAUUGGGGAGUACUUCUGAACCGUUUGCUCAUAAGCAUUGUUUCACUUUGCCUGUUUCUGGGUAUUGUGACCUUCUUUGGCACAAACGCCUCUGCUCAGAGCAAGACUGAGAUAACUUGGGACGUUCCCUGGGAAGUGUUGCCUGCUGAGAAUGCAGCUACUCUGGCAGAGGCACAGCGCAGCAAGCGCUGGAUCAAAGGGUCCGGGAUCGCAUCAUUUUCCUAUGACAGCCAGCCGAAAUGGUUGCGUUACCAGAUCCCUGCAGUCGAUUACGUACGCGCCUUCAGUAUCGAAAACCCGUGGCUUGCGGCCAUCGAUGUGUAUUCACUAUCAGAUGGGGUCGUCCACGAAAAAUACGAGAUGGGUAAUCGCCGACCUGCUGUGAAUCGCCCCAUCGGCAGCACCAAUUUUGCGGUGGGCCUGCGCUCAAACGUCGACGAAGUUUAUAUCUACGAUCACGCUCUAUCGGCGUCUUAUUUUCCAGUGACCCUGUCCGCGGCUGCGGCGUUUACCGCCAGAAGCACAAAGCUCACCGCUUUCCACGGCAUGUACUACGGUGGUUUGCUUAUCAUCAUUCUGUACAACCUGGCGAUCUUUUUUGGCACCCGCGACAGAGCUUACCUGUACUACACUCUGUAUGCCGGAUCCCUGGUCGCAUUCUUAUCAACUGCAGACGGCACCGGCGCGGUUUUUCUGUGGAACGAAACACCCAUCAUCCAGGAUUACGUUAUUGGCCUGGGGUGGGGGUUGGGUUUUAUCUGGUUACUUGAGUUCGCCAACCGCUUCCUCAACACCAGCCACAUCAGACACUGCCGGUUGAUCCGCAGAACGAUACAAGGGAUGACGGGGCUGACUAUGUUCAUGGUCAUCCUGUGGCCGGGUAACAAUGCUUAUGUGCUGCAAACAAUCAUGAGCUUUGUGGUGCUGUCCGCACUGCUGUUUAUUGGCAUCAACACAUCCUUGAAAGGCAUACGCAACGGCGGGCUCUUUCUCGCCGCUAAUGGCGUGUUUGCUAUCGGUGCAUUUUCCCACAUGAGUAUGUUGAUGGGCUGGCUGGCGCCACACCCGAUGUUGCAACAUGGCAUUCACAUUGGCUCACUGGCAGAGUUGAUACUCCUCGCUGCCGGGCUGGUAAGACAGCUGCGCGCCAACGAAGAAGCUCGUUUUGCCGCAUUCAACCAAUCCCAGGAGCUGGUAAGGCGUAAUCACGAAUUACGCACCGCCUCGGCUCUGGCUGAAGAACAUCGCCAGUUACAGAAGUCUCUACAACAGGCGCAGAAACUUAAAACCAUCGGCCAACUGGCCGGUGGCUUUGCCCACGACUUCAACAAUAUUCUCGCCAGCAUUCUCGGCUUCGCCGAACUGGCGCGGGACAAAACUGCCGCCUCAGACCGGGCUACGCUGCUGCGUUACAUUGGUGAGAUCCAACAAUCGGGCGAACGUGGCGCUAAUCUGGUAAGACAGCUGCUCACCUACAGUCGCAGCACCAGUUCAGCACCUCGUGAACUCAACCUUGGCCAGGUUCUGGAACAGUCCGGCGAGCUACUCCGAGGCAGCCUGCCAGCCACUGUAAAAAUACAAACACAUAUCCCGCAGCAGUCUGUACGUUUAUCAAUCGACCCUGAACAGCUGCAGCAGGUGCUGGUUAACUUAUCUAUCAAUGCAGCAGAGGCAACGGACAACCGCGGCCAGAUUGAUAUCUACCUCGAAGAGGAAAAGCUGCAAGGUUUGCGCUGUACCUCGUGCCUGACGCGUUUCAACGGCGACUACAUCGCAAUCAAAAUCGAAGACAACGGCGCCGGUAUAUCGGGCAGCGCAGAGAACCUGUUUACGCCAUUCCAAACCAGUAAAGAAGUAGGUCAAGGUACAGGGCUGGGGCUGUCGGUUGUGCACGGCAUCGUGCACGAACAUGGCGGUCACGUACAUGCCAGCAAUCGCGCGGACGGCGGGGCGCGGUUCACCAUCUACCUGCCACACAAUGCAACCGUGGCGUUGGGUGCAACAGAUACACACAAACGCAUCUUACUGAUUGAAGACGACCCAUCCGUUGCGAGCUAUCUGCAAUCGCUGUUUGAAAAUGAGGCUUAUCACACCACCUUUGCGACGAUGCCUACGGAAGCUUUAGAAACAUUUGUAGCAAAUCCGGAUGCUUUUGAUCUGGUGAUCACAGACUAUCUGAUGCCACAAGGUACGGGCCUGGAACUGGCUGAAGACAUCCACGCGCUGCGCCCAGAUCUGCCUAUUCUGCUGACAACCGGUAACGCCAACAAUCUGGACAAGAGCGCACUCACGUCAGCGGAACUGGCGGCCAGCGAAGGUGCAGAUGUGAUCACCUGGCCGGAAGCCUUUGCUUAUCUGGGCCGCCAUGACGGCAAACGCGAGAUACUGGAGGCACUACCAGACGGAGGACCGAUCUUUCAUCGCUGCACUCAGCUCGCGCAACGUUUGAACUGCGAAUUACUCCUCGGCGGAUUCCAUGAAUCGUCACCAAACUCAGACAAGUGUUUCAAUACCAGCGUAUACCUGGGCCGAGAUGGCAACAUCAAAGCGAUGUACCGCAAAAUCCAUCUGUUUGACGUCAAUAUUAAAGACGGCCCAACCCUGCAGGAGUCACGCCAGACCGAAGCUGGAGAACUGGCGGUAGUUGUAGACGCUUCGUUUGGUCGAUUGGGUUUGACGGUUUGUUACGACGUCCGGUUUCCCAUGCUUUAUCAGAAUCUUGCCGAUCAGGGUGCUAUUGCCAUGUCAGUGCCUUCAGCAUUUACCGCCACCACCGGAGCCCUGCACUGGCAUACCCUGCUCAAGGCCCGCGCUAUCGAAACUCAGAGUUAUGUCAUCGCACCCGCGCAACAUGGCCAGCACAGCAGACAUCGCGCGUCUUACGGGCAUUCGUUAAUCGUCGACCCCUGGGGCAAGGUGGUUGCUGAACUGGCUGACGGUGACGGCUACGUGAUUGCGGAGGUGGACCCGGCUGCGCGCAUGUCUGAUUCAGUAAAAUUCCGGGGCAGUGGCAUCAUCGUGCUGGCGGCCAUCGUCGUGAUUGCUGCCGGCUUAAAAGCCUCUCAAGAUCUUAUGGUGCCGUUUUUACUGGCUGCUUUUAUUGCCACUAUCGCUGCAACACCCAUGUUCUGGCUGCAGAAAAAAGGCCUGCCCGCAGCUUUCUCUCUGCCUGUUGUCAUGAUCUUCAUUGUUCUGCUGGUAUUUCUGUUAGGGGCCCUGGUAACUCAAUCCGCCUCGGACUUCACCGCCAAACUGCCGUUCUACCAGGAGCGUCUGCAGGCUUUUCAGGAAGACACCAACCGCUUGCUGCAGCCGAUUAUUGAUCGCACCGGGAUCGAGGUCAGACUGGAACUGUUGUAUCAGAAUUUUUCGCUGAACACUGCGCUGGAAAUGGCGGGUACCACGCUGGCACGUCUGGGUGGUGUUCUGAGUAACAGUUUUCUUAUCCUGCUGACGGUGAUCUUUAUACUUGCUGAAGCCGCCAGCUUUCCGCGCAAGCUAUCAGAUGUGCUUAACGACCCAGAACGGGAUCUGCCUUACUUCGCGCAGUUUGCUGAAAACGUCAAUCGCUACAUUGGUAUCAAGACCAGUGUCAGUGUAGCCACCGGCGUGAUUGUGACGCUGUUCCUCUGGCUGCUGGGGGUCGACUUCCCUAUUUUAUGGGGGCUGCUGGCUUUUCUACUCAAUUAUGUUCCGACCAUAGGUUCAAUAAUUGCAGCCGUACCUCCGCUUAUCCUGGCUUUAGUGCAGAUUGGAUUUGGCGCAGCUGGCGCGGUCGCCGCAGGCUUCCUGGCCAUCAACAUCAUCAUGGGCAACGCGGUUGAACCCCGCUUUAUGGGUCGCGGCCUGGGGCUAUCAACCUUAGUGGUGUUUCUCUCCCUGGUUGUGUGGGGCUGGGUGCUCGGGCCGGUUGGCAUGCUGCUGUCUGUGCCGCUGACCAUGACGGCAAAAAUUGCUCUUGAAGCCAAUCCCGAUACUCGUUGGAUCGCUCACCUGUUAGGUCCAGCUGAUGCGUUGCCGCCACUGGAUGAGACACAGGCACAGAUCAUCAAAGCGGCUUCUGACACGGCUGAUGCAGGUGAUGAAAAAGACCAGGACAACACCGUACAACAGGCACUGGUGGGCAUUGAUGUUUCGCGGUUACGCACCUAUCCGCAACCAACGGCGGAUUUACUGCGCGACGCGAUAGCCCAAACACAUGGCCUUACGCGCGAUAAUGUGGUCGUGACUCACGCGGGUGACGAAGCCUUGCGCCUGGCGAUCACCACCUUUGUUGACCCUGGCCAGUCUUUUGGCAUGGCCAAUCCCAGCUACUCGCUGUAUCCGGUACUUGCCGCCAUACAUGACGCCCGGGUGGUUACCGUUGACCUGCAGGCUGACUGGAACUGGCCCGCGGACUUCACCAGCCAACUCAACAGUGCCGGCGUGCAACUGACCUGUGUGGUCAAUCCUCACGCGCCCAGCGGCACGCUGUAUUCACAGGCAAAAUUAUCUGAGUUAGCAAACAAUCUGAAUGGUGUGUUGUUGAUUGAUGAGGCCUAUGCAGAUUUCAUUAACCCCGACCUGAAUUACAACAGCUCGGAAUUACUCUUAAACCAUGACAAUGUGCUGGUCCUGCGCACUUUCAGCAAGGGUUACAGUCUCGCCGGCCUCCGCUUGGGAUAUCUGUUAGGCAACACGGAUCUGAUCGACCCGAUCAUCCGCAAAACCCGUGACAGCUACAAUGUCGAUCAUAUCGCACAGGCACUUGGACUGGCCGCCAUCAACGACCAGGAUUAUGCACAACAGACCUGGCAUCAGGUGCGGAUGGCCAGAGACAGCCUGCAGCAGAAUCUCACCCAGCUCGGCUUACCAUCACCACCCAGCCAGACUAAUUUCCUGCUGGUUGAGGUGCCGCCGGCGCUGCCUAAGAGCGCCAAUGCACUUUAUCUCCUGUUGAAAGAAGCUGGCAUUCUGGUGCCUGAUAUCGAAAAGCAGCGCGAAACCCGCACCCAGCACCAAUUCAACGACAAUGCCAUCCGACAUACAAAAAACCUCACUGCUGGCACAGACAUGCAGCGUAUCGGCAUCCAUCUGGUGCGCAUAGAGACCGGCUGUGAUUCCACCACCCACCAUUACCACGAUGCUGACGAAGAGUUUAUCUACAUCCUUUCCGGUCAGGGCAUAGCCAGAAUUGGCGAUGAAACGUUCAGCGUUGGUGCAGGGGAUUUCAUGGGAUUUCCCGCACCCUCACCUGCACACAGCCUGCACAACCCAAACCAGGAAGACCUGGUGUAUCUGAUGGGCGGCGAGCGCUGGGCGACAGAUAUCGUUCACUACCCGGACAUCAAGCGCACCAUGAUCAAGACACACGGCAAGCGCCGCUGGGCAGACUGGCGGGACUUCGAGGGGUUCGGCGCCAGCGAAGCCCUGGGGCAGAGUAUCUGCCUGCACGGUCUGAUACCUGCGGAUCUACUGGGUACGGUACCCGUCGGCACGCAAAUCCCCCUGGGUGAUGGCUGGGCCUGUCGUCUUGAUGGCGAUAGCAGCUUAAACAGUCUGUUUACCUCCAUGUUCAUGCAUGGCGGCUGGCUGCAUAUCAUUGGCAAUAUGCUGUUUUUGUGGGUGUUUGGCGACAACGUCGAAGAUGUUAUGGGUCCCGGCCGGUUUGUGUUGUUCUAUCUAUUGUGUGGCCUGGCCGCCGCCGGCGCCCAGAUAGCGGCAGAUCCGGGUUCUACGGUACCUAUGGUAGGUGCAUCCGGUGCUAUUGGCGGUGUCAUGGGUGCAUACGCCAUCUUGUUUCCACGCGCACGCGUUCAUCUGCUGAUUAUCUUAUUCAUCUAUGUGACCACCAUUUCGGUACCUGCCAUCUUUAUGCUCGGCUACUGGUUUCUGCUGCAGCUGAUAUCAGGUGUUGGGUCUCUUGGUGCCAGCGGCGGCGGUGUUGCUUUCUGGGCGCACGUUGGCGGUUUUGUCGCUGGGGUGGGUCUGGUCACUGUAUUCAAACGACCCGACCUGAUUGCAGCGCGCAAACACCUGAUACGUCGACCGGAAAUCGAAAAACGCGGAUUCCCCGGCAUCUACGGCCCCAGCCUGGGCGAUAGCCUGUCACUGUGCACCGCCAUUGCAAUGGCCACCGAUCGUAUCGACAUAGGCACCAGCAUCACGCCUAUUUACACUCGGAACGUUGCAGAUUUUGCCGGCACCGCAGGGUUUAUCCACGAAAUCUCCAAUGGCCGCUUCCGUUUUGGCGUUGGUGUGAGCCAUGCGCCUGCUAUGGACCGUUUAGGUAUCAAACAAGGCAAACCACUGGGUGACAUGCGCCAGUUUGUGGAAGAUAUCCACGCAGUGCCAAGGGUUGGCGACAUGCCGCCGAUUGUUCUGGCGACAUUACGCAACAAAAUGAUCGCCCUGGCGGAGGAAAUUGCUCAGGGUAUGGUAUUUGCCAACGGCGCCCGUUCACAUAUGUCCAGUUCCCUAGGCGUGCUUUCUGACGGUGCCCGGAUGGGAGCGGACUUUUUUAUCGGUAACAUGGUGCCGACCUGCAUCAACGACGACAAAAAGGCGGCUAUGGCGGUCAAUCGCAAAACCCUGACCAGUUACGCGUUUCUACCCAACUAUCGCAACUACUGGAAAGAAGCCGGCUACGAAGAAGAGAUGAACGGUGUUGAAGCAGCGCUGGCUGCCAAAGACCUGGAUCGGGUACCUGAAUGUUUAUCUGAUCGCUGGCUGGAAGACACCACUCUGUCCGGCAGCGCCAGCGAAGUGCGUGAAGGCAUUGAAGCCUGGUUCGACGCCGGUAUUAAGACCCCGAUUGUUGUGCCUUCUGCCGUGAAAGGUGGACAGCUGCAGGCACUGGAAGAUCUAUUUGCACUGUAUGACUAUCCGGAAGUUGGCCAGCCUGACUUCGACCGCGCUUUAAACAAGCGCGGUCGUCGCGACGGCGAGACCAUGCAAGCCUGGUUCAGUCAGCAACCUCAUAAGGCUACUUGGGUGUGGAGCAGUGCUGCUGUGCGGGCAAAACUGACUGCGGCGUACGUCACCAGUGGCUUCAAUGCUACUUUUGUUGAAGACAAACGUCUGUACCUGGCUUCUGCCGAUGCAUUGCUCGACGUCUUGCAAUCAACCCCUGAAGAGGUGGAGAGCGUUGCAGUGGUUGCGCACAACCCCGGCUUAACCCACCUGGCCAACGUGUUAGGCAGUAGUCAGAUCACCGACAAUCUGGUCACAUUUGGCACCGUGUUGUUUUCAACUCAGCAGGACUGGCGCGAUUUACGACCCGGCCAGGCCACCUUUAUCAGCCUGGAUUCGCCUAAAACAAUCUGA